AUGUCUGAAUUAUCCUUAUUUGAUUAUUCAUUAAACAAAUAAAAAUAAAAAAAAUUCUAAUUUGUGUAGGAAUUGGCAUAAAUAUUAAAAAUAAUUUUUAAAAAAUUAAUAAAUAUAGCGCUUUCCCGAGGAUGGCAUCCACACGGGAACUGGGAGUUCCACGUGUGGAUGCCAUUUUGACAUGUGGAAGUUUGGAUCCCACAUGUCAAAAAUGGCAUCCACACGUGGAACUCCAGUUCCCGUGUGAUGGAUGCUUAGUUGACUUUCCCGAGGAUGGCGCCAUUCCGCGCCAUCCUCGGGAAAGCGCUAUAUAUCAUAAGUUAUGAAGAAAGGGAUAGUGAUAGCGAAAGAACGAGAGAAGACCUUUUUCAUGUGAAAGAGGAAUUCUUAAACACGUUUCAAAGACUUUAUUUAUAUCAGCUUGAGUUUGAGAGGUCCUUACAUGAGCUUUCAAUCCAAAAAGCGAUGCUAGAUGAACAUAUCGAUAGACUAGAAUUUUUAGACGCUCAAUUGCCAGCAGAUAAUCCUGAUAAUGUGUUUAUGCAGCCUGCUUCUAGGGAUUUUUCAUUCAGUAAUCCAGGGACAGAAAAUACGACUUUUUCUUUUGGAGAAAUUGAUGAAAAUAUUGAGGUAGGCAGCAUACAAUAUUUAUUAUUUUUUUUAAUUUUUAAUAUUUUUUUAUCUCAAAAAUAGAUAAUUUACUGUAUAUCAUAUCCCGGUAGAUUUAGAAGAGUACAAAAAAAUAGAAAUCCGUCAUGUAUUUCAGCCCAAGAAAACAGGCUAUGAGCUCACAAAAGAGUUCCCUAUCAUAAUUGGAGAGACUAUUGCAGAGCGAUACAGAAUUGACAGAAUAAUCGCGUCCACUGAUAUGUCAUGUGUCCUUGAAUGUGCUGACCUAACCGGUAAGCGAAAAACUUGUAUCAAAGUUAUAGAGAACGACAAAAGGUGCUUAGACAGAGGAUUGGAUGAAAUAAGGAUCCUUGAGACCUUAAAAGAAAAUUCUAACGUGAACAAAAAAAUUUUGUUCACUCACAGAGGGGAGUCAAUUUUUUUUUUUAAAAAAAAAUUAUAUAUAAAAUUUAUAUAAAAAAUAUUUUUUGUCGAAAUUUAAAAAAUCCUAAUUCGCAAAAAUUGGAAAGCAAAUAUUAAUUCAAUUUGCAAAAUUUAUGUUUUAAAAAGCAAUUCGUUUAAAAUUAAACAGAAUUAGCUCUAUAUUUCAUUAUACUAAUUAUCAUUUAUAUAUCAAAAAUUUUUUCCCAUAAAAAAAUUUUUGUUCACUCACGGAGGGUGGGUUUUUGGGCAAAAAAAAAUAGCGAUUUUUCUAAUGAUUUUGUUCACUCACGGAGGGGGGGGAGUAAGGAAAGCCUAUAUAAAUCUCAUAUAGGAAAUCCACUUGAUUAUUUUUAUUUUAAAGAGCAUUUAUUUAUCGUUUUUGAGUUAUUGGGUGAAACUCUGUCCACAAUGAUUUCUGACGAAGAGUACUAUGGGAUUGUAAAAGAGCAGAUAAAGCCUAUACAAUUUCCUUUUAAUUGCCUAUAUGAAAAUAGCUUGAAAUUAUAUUGGGUAAUCCAAAGGAAAACUCUAUAUAACAAUUCAGCUUUUGCAGGCUUUGCAAUUUAUCCAUUCAAAUAAUCUUAUUCAUGGAGAUUUAAAUCCAGAAAAUAUUCUUGAAAUGAAGAAAGUCAAGGAAAAUGGGAAAAUUGAUAUAAGGAUAGUAGAUUUUAAUUCCAGUGUGUUUUUUGAUGAUGAACUGAUAUCAUUUCCUAUGUUGGCAUAUACAGCGCCUGAGAUAGUUAACUCUAGAAUUUGUGAUAAAUCAGAUAUGUGAAGCCUUGGCUGUAUCAUUGCAGAGAUUUAUUUGGGCAGACCAUUAUUCCAGCCUAGUUCUGAAGAAGAAUUAUUAUAUGCAGGCUUCUUAUGAAUACCAUUAAGGAAAGCCAUAUAUACAUUAGAAUUAUUACGCUUAACGUCCACCACGGAGGUCAGCAAGACCCAGACCUAUCACCUUCUCUCAAAAAAUGGAUUUUCUGGUAGGCUAUCGGCAAAAAGGAAAACAAGUAGCCUAGGACGUAACCCCUGGUUUCACGCUGGGAAAUUGCCGGAUGGGCCAUAAGGCUUGGCUAGGCGUUCCCUUUCCAACUCCUUGCCUCCUUUACCUGCGAGGUAAAAUCCAUCCCAGAAAACAAGCUAGGGCUAGGCUCUGUACACAACCAGAAUUGCUUACCUAGCAUUGCUGCCCAUUUCCAUAAUGCAAACCUUGCCGGAUAUAAUUUAAAUAGGGCUCGAGACUGCUUGGCCGAGAGGCCAAGCCUAAGUUGAGACGCCAUAUUUAAAUUAUCAUUAAGGAAAGCCAUAUAUAAAAUUAUAUAAGGAUUUUGAUAUAAGGCAUACCAAAUUCAAGAAACAAUUGGAUCAUUUAAUGAUUUAGAUUUGAGCAUGCAUGCAGAAUAUAAAAUAAUGACACCUUUAUCUGAAUUAGUCACUGAUGAUCCUAGAUUGCUAGAUUUUUUAUAUUUAUUAUUAUCACCUAAUCCUGCUAACAGACCUGGGCCAGCUGAAGCAUUGGAACACACUUGGCUGAUUUAA